GUGACUAUAAUUUAUUUAUUUACUUAUUUAUUCUCCUUCCCUUCUCAAUACAUUUCCUCCUCCGGUGGUGAGCUUCGGUGAUCCGUUCUUCUCCCUCGAUCCAUCUCCACCGUCUGAUCCCCGGAGGCAUACCCUACAACCGCCACCACCGUCACCUUCUUACAAUUCCACAAUCCGAUUCCCACUCCCUCUCAUACGUAUAUGUUGUUGUAGAUGGUUUGAGAAAAUUGAGGAGUUUGGCUGAAGAAAAAAAAAAGAUGGGUGUGAUUUCAAGGCAAGUGUUCCCUGUUUGUGAAAGCCUGUGUUUCUUCUGUCCAGCAUUGCGUGCGAGAUCACGGCAUCCCGUCAAACGAUACAAGCAGAUGCUCGCCGAGAUAUUUCCUCGCUCUCCGGACGAAGAACCAAACGAUCGCAAGAUUAGUAAACUAUGUGAAUAUGCUUCAAAAACUCCUCUCCGUAUUCCAAAGAUCACAACUACUCUGGAGCAACGGUGUUACAAGGAUUUGAGGACUGAAAACUUUCACUCAGUGAAAGUUGUCAUGUGCAUCUACCGGAAGUUGUUGGUCUCUUGUAAGGAGCAAAUGCCAUUAUUUGCAAGUAGCGUGCUUAGCAUUGUACAGAUUCUACUUGAUCAAACACGACAUGAUGAAAUACGUCUUUUAGGAUGCGAAACUCUUUUUGAGUUUGUAAAUAAUCAGAAGGAUGGUACGUAUAUGUUUAACUUAGAUGGCAUGAUUCCAAAACUUUGUCUCUUAGCUCAAGAAACGAGGGAGGAUGGGAUGGAUAAGCGUUUGCGUUCUGCUGGGCUUCAAGUUCUUUCAUCAAUGGUUUGGUUCAUGGGUGAAUUCUCUCAUAUUUCAUCAGAAUUCGAUAGUGUUGUUUCAGUAGUCUUGGAAAAUCAUGGAGGUCCAAAGAAAAAGUCAGACAAACAAGACACCCAGACUGGGAGUUCCGAAGAAGUUUCAGCUUCACUAGAACCCGUGACAAGGAUUUCGUCCUGGAGGCUGUUAGUGAGUGACAGAGGCGAAGUCCUUGUGGCAGGGGACGACAUGAAUAACCCCAUAUUUUGGUCAAGGGUUUGCCUGCACAACAUUGCCAAGUUAGCCAAGGAAGCUACAACCGUGCGGCGUGUAUUAGAAUCUUUGUUCCGCUAUUUUGAUAAUGGAGAUCUCUGGUCUCCUAAACACGGGCUCGCACUGUCUGUCUUGAUGGAUAUGCAGAUAAUAAUUGAAAAUUAUGGGCAGAACAGGCACUUCAUAUUGUCCAUCUUAAUUAAGCAUCUUGAUCACAAGAAUGUUCUUAAAAACCCAAAUAUGCAGCUGGACAUUGUAGAUGUUGCCACCUCUCUUGCUCGAGAAGCAAAGGUUCAAUCAUCAGUUGCUAUAAUUGGUGCUCUGAGUGAUAUGAUGAGACACCUGCGGAAAAGUAUACAUUGCUCACUUGAUGAUUCAAAUUUGGGGGCCGAAGUAAUUGAAUGGAACCGAAAAUUUCAAGCAGCAGUGGAUGAGUGCCUUGUGCAGUUGAUACAUAAGGUAGGAGAUGCAGGUCCUGUUCUUGAUAUGAUGGCCGUGAUGUUAGAAAACAUGACUAACAUUACCGUUAUGGCUAGAACCUUGAUUUCUACUGUUUACCGUACUGGUCAAAUUGUGGCAACAAUACCUAAUUUGACAUAUCAAAACAAGACAUUUCCUGAGGCAUUAUUUCAUCAGUUACUCGUAGCUAUGGUCUGUGUAGACCAUGAAACCAGGGUGGGCGCACACCGUAUAUUUUCUGUCGUGCUUGUUCCCUCAUCUGUUUGCCCUCGUCCAUGUGCUGCUACUCCCAUUACUACAGAGAAAAAUAAUAUUGGAAGGACUCUCUCAAGAACUGUAUCAGUAUUUUCUUCAUCAGCUGCCCUCUUUGAAAAACUAAACAAGGGAUCACACUCACAACAAAACAUUGGUCAGGAGCUGAAGGACAAAGUUGUAAUUCAGGAAGAAGCAAAAGUUCCUAAUGAGUCCAUGCUGAACAGAUUGAAGUCCAAAUUCAGUUCAAGAAGGCAUCCAUCAGCUACAAGUGACCCUGUAGGUAAUGAGGAUGCUUCAGUCAGUAAUCAUUCUGUGAUGAACCGGUUGAAGUCAACUUAUAGCCGAGCCUACAGUAUUAGAAGGAAUCCAUCAAAUACACCUUCUGCUGAUGAAAAAACUACUAGUAUUUCAGAUAAAGAAUCGGUAUAUGUCCUUAGGUUAAGCACUCGCCAGAUUACCCUUCUGCUUUCAUCAAUCUGGGCACAAUCCAUCUCUCCUUUAAAUACACCUGAGAACUAUGAAGCAAUUGCUAAUACCUACAGCCUUGUGCUGCUUUAUGCUCGGACCAAGAACACAUCCGACGAGACCCUAAUCCGAAGUUUUCAGCUAGCCUUUUCCUUAAGGAGCAUUUCUCUUGGAGGAGGAUUACAGCCAUCAAGACGCAGAUCCCUCUUUACCUUGGCAACAUCGAUGAUCAUCUUCUCAGCUAAAGCCUACAAUGUGGUUGCUCUUGCCCCUUGUGCUAAAGCAGCACUUACAAAUGAAACAGUUGAUCCAUUUCUACGACUGGUUGACGAUCACAAGUUGCAAGCUGUCAUUUCUGGACCUGACCAAGUAAGGAAAGUUUAUGGAUCAAAAGAAGAUGAUGAGAAUGCUUUAAGGUCACUUUCCGCCAUAGAAAAAUCUGAGAACCAAUCGAAGGAAUCAUUUGCUACCAUGAUAGUGCAGACGCUUAGAAAUUCACCAGAGGAUUCAUCAAUUAUAAAACAGCAGUUGCUUAAUGAUUUUAUGCCUGAUGAUGCAUGUCCUUUGGGAGCUCCGUUGAGCAUGGAAACACCAAUAGAGAUCGACCAAGUUGGCGUACAAGAUGACGGAGAACCUGAUAAGGCUGAGCCCCCAUUAUUCACAAUUGAAGAUGAUGUGUUAGCCAAUGCAUCUGAAAAUCAAACCGACCCAGACACAAAAGUUGCCGUGGAAAGUCUAAGCUUAAUAAGCAUUGACGAGCUUUUAAAUUCGGUUUCGGAGACAACUCAUCAAGUUGGACGAUUAUCAGUGUCAGUUGCGACAAACAUGCCUUACAUGGAAAUGGCUGGCCAGUGUGAGGCCCUUCAAAUGGGGAAGCAGCAGAAGUUGUCGACGUUUAUAGUUGCUCAACAGAGACAAGAAAGUUUGAUUAGAUUUUCUAAUGAUUGCAACCAGCAGGAAAAGGAAACCCCCUCUCUUCUUCCGUUGGGCGCUCCUACGAGUGGAAAUCCAUUCCUUGAAUCAAAUGCCGUUUCACUCAACCAAUCUGUUGGCAACGGCUCUUCGAUGCUUUGCGCAACUGAGUAUCAGUACUAUCCACACUUUCAGCUACCGGCAUCAAGCCCCUACGAUAACUUUUUAAAGGCUGCUGGCUGUUGAUCUGUGUGGAGGAAGUUUGGUAGCCCUUGUAGCACGUAAGAAAUCAAGUGUCAGCAGCUUUGGAGCGAGCGGCAGUUGUGUCUGCAACAACUUUGUGUUGUCCCAGAUUCAACCUUGUUUUCUGUUCAUGUCUCUACUGACUGCCUCCAUUCAUUUAUUCAUCAAUUGUUGAUUUGGGAGGUUGAUGUUAUGUAUCUUUUGGGCACUCCCUCCCUUUACAUGUUUUGAUAUUGUAAAGUAAGAGUUUGCUCACCCGCACAUUUUUUGUCUCAACCGUUUACUCGUGAAAAAAAAUGUGCAGAGAUAAUUUAAUGUAAAUUAAAAAUGUGAA